AUGAAGCCUGCCUGGGCUACGGCCGUGGAGCAGGCAUUGAAGAAAGAUGCUCCGGCAUUGGAGAGAUGGACGGAGAUCGAAACUAUCCUGCAGGAGAGCAGGAAGUGCUACAGGCAGGUGCUGCGGCCGGGUCAAGUCCUGGUGCACCCGUCGAAUCGCUCAGGGUUAGGAUUGAAUGGAGCCCAAGUUCACAAGACAGGGGCCCAAGUGCAAUCUGUAGGCUUCAGCUCCAUGGAGCUGAAGCGAAGUGUUUGCAUGGAAAUAUCCACGGAUAGAGCUCUGAGCCAAAAGGCCUUUAGUUUCAACAAGCGGCAAGUGGAUAUGAAUGGAGGGCUGCUAGCUGAGGUGCGAGGCGAUGAGCGAUACAUGUCGUUAGCACGCAGUCACUUUACGGCAUUUUGCCGUGCCUGCAUUGCAGCAUGUCCCUCGGACCAAGAGACGGUGUCGGACAACGGCAAGCUCACGUUGCAGCGAUUGUCUACGGACUUUCGGCAGGCCGUGGAUAAUGGAUGGGAGUGGCUGGUGCUGUCAGCGGAAGUUGAUGCAGUACUGCCCUCGCUGGCCUCCUUCGUUCAGGAAGUCAUGAAUGCAGCCCAAGGAGUUGCAAGAACGGCAGGCGAGCUGGAGCUCGCCAUGGCGAUGGUGACCCGAGCAAAGUUGCUGGCAGAGCAAGGUUUGUGCAUCGACUGGGAUGUUGUGCAAGCUGAUGUAGCAGCCACGGUGCCGGAUGCCUCGCCACAGACCGUGGCCGCUUGCGGGUUGUUCUGCAGAUUCUAUGCAGGAGGAACCGAAGCACCUCUGCUGAAGUUUUUGCACGACUUUUCCUUGAAAUAUGGGGCAAGCAAAAGAUUGGGAGAGGAAUUCAUGUCCACGGUCGCCGGCCUCCGGUUUGCAGGGCAGGAGCGAUCGCAUGCUUUCGCAAGGGCUGCGAUGAUCGCGACGAACCUGACAGCCACAAAAGUGGUAGACGGUGUGGCUCGGCUGCUGAGCAAGAGCGAUGUCAGCAGGCUCUGCGCGAAAGGCAUGGAAGAUGCUGUAAAGGAUUGGGAGGAGCUUCUUGCUCGUGCCUGGGCUCACACUCAGAAUGUGACGGAUGCAAGGGCACGUGCCAAGGCAGUUGAGGGCUUCGGUCGCCUGAUGGUUCGCAGCACCCUCUUCAUGCGCAAGAAAGAGAAGUCGGGGCAAGAAGGCCUUGAGCACGGGUCAUUGGCCAAUUUGCUGACUUUGUACGAACACGAGAUGGGUGGCAAGAGUGCCGGUGCAACACCGGCUGCUGCUACAAAAGAUGGGCCGUCUGAUGCGGCCCCUGCGACCUUGGAUAACAUGCAGGACCCGGCCUUCCUGAUGAAGCUGCAAGGCUUCGCAGAGGGGAACCUGUACAAAGGCAAGCAGAAGUAUCAGGACAUCUGGCCUUGGAAGCUGGAGAAAAUCGGCCAGAGCCACGGCUCUUUCUCGCUGUCUUGCCCAGUGAGCUGGGACAAGAAGGUCGAGGUGCCUCUGAGCGAGCUCAAGAAAUUUUUCGAUCUGUAUAGCGGAGAUGCACCCGAAGUGGUGUCUGACUCUGUGGACCGACUGCCCCAUAAUACGGAGGCUUGCAGCCAAGAGAGACUCCGAGGAGAGUUCUUCGAGCUCUGCUGCGAGUAUUUCCUGAAGUACUCGCACUGUGAAGAGGAGUUGACCUUUUUGAAGAAUCCCACGUGCUGUCUGUUGGAGGGCAAAGCCAAGACAGGCAAGCUGACGAUCUUCCCCUUCACGGAUCAGAUUUCAAAGCUUGGCUUAAAGCCGGCAGCUGGCAGUGUGGAGGUUUGGCAUUCGGCCUCGGGCACAAGCUUGUAUAUUUCACCCCCGGCUGCAGCCGGAAGUUUGCUAUCUGCCUUCUGGCAGAUCCCGGUCGGCUCAGAGCCGAAUCUGGCGACAGUCCUUCUGAACGAGAAGGGCUGGAAGAUUCCCAUUUUGAAGAACACUGCUUCGCUGAAGGAGCAGCAGUCCAAGCGGCAGGCAGAGAAACUAAAGAACAGAGCUCUGGCCUUUUCGGCGGGGAAGACAGCGAGGGAAGCAAGAGCAGAAAAGAAUGUGCUGAAGGUUACCUGGGUGGGAAAGGAGAUCCGUGUCCUGGAGGCGGGCCAUGUCACGGAUGUGCCCAAAGUCCACUUGGAUGAUAUGGCACUGUUCUUUGAAGCAACACAAAAUGCCGUGCUUACUGCUGAGUCUUUUCAGACUAGAGCACGGCAAAGCUUUCCUAAGGGAACUGCUGCGAAGGACAAAGUCGUGAAAAUCGGCCAAGGCCGCCAGGCUCAACGGACAGGCGACGACAGAAGGUAUUCGCUUGUCAAAAAAGCCGGGGCCAAGGCCCGGCCCUUGGAUCCCCUGCCGCUGCAGGAGGCUGAGGUUGUGAAGUUUGUGCCGGUGUUUGCAGCUGUUUGGGCUCCUGUAGGGAGCCCUUGGAUGGGGGCUGGCCUUUUUUACGAGGCGAAGUCGUCAGCCAUGCCCAAGCACCGGGACCAGGAUAGAAGGAGGAGGAGCUCGAGCUCAGAGGAUAGAGAAGAACGACGAGAUCCUCGACUACGGUCGAGAUCUCACGAAGAGUCCGAGGACCAAAAGAAAAAGGAGGAGGAUGGCAACAAAAAGCCAGAGGAGAACGAGAAGAAGAAAGAGGAGGAGGAGAACUUUGAGGAGGAAACUGUGUCCGAGGACAAAGAAAAGGAUCCGGAGGAGGAGCCGGAGGAGGCUACGGCCUCGAAGCCAAAGGAGGCGGCCUCGGAGGCUGCGGCCUCGAAGCCCAGAGUCCCUUCUCUGGAUGAGAAGACCGCUCCUGAUUGGCCGAUAAGUGCCGCCGGCAGGCAGAGGCUGGAGAGAAAGCUUGCAACAGCCAGGGUCGCGGCAUCCCAGGCAGCUCUCCAGUCCUGGGCAGAAGAAGAGCAGGCAGCAGAUGAGAAGAAGGACAACAAGCCUUCGGACGGGCCCAAGGGCCCGUCCAAAAAGCCGGGCAAAGCGCCGGUUCCAGGAGCACUGGCAGCCUGGGAGGGAAGAGGAGAGCGAAGGGGAUAUGGCUAUGGUGAUGUGAGAGGCGGCUCCGGCCCCUCGGGGGCCAAGGCCCAUACCGAAGCUGAGAAGGGCCGUCCUGAGCAGGCUAAGGGCACGAAGAAGAGAAAAAAGCCGGGGGCAGGAGCCCUGAUUGAGCCCGAGGAUGACAAAGAGGAUCGAAAGCCGGUGAAGCUUUUGCCCAGGAGUUUGCCAGCUAAGGCUGGCAAGACCGGCCAGGACAAGAAGAAGGGCAGCAAGGCUAAGGGCAGCAAGGCUAAGGCCAAGCGUAAGCGACAGGAGUCGCCGGUACGGGACGAUGAUCACGUCCCAAUGCCGGACAAGAAGGACCCGGACGAUCCGGAAGGAGGGUCUGGGAGCUCCUACGGGAAAGUGGUGACGAGCCUUUUCCAAAUCGCCUGUCAGGAGCUUCGGCAGCGGUACUAG